AUGGGAGCACCGUCAACAGAUCCAGGAUUUCCCCAAUUUUCCCUCUUACCUUCAGAGAUACGUUUAAAGAUUUGGUAUUAUUGCCUUCCUCGUCGAAUUGUCCAGAGGGAUGACCCCUUUUAUCUUGUGGAAGUCCGCGAAGAGCAAAAAUGCUGGUCGAUACGUCCGACUUGUCAUAAUGCCGCCCUACCACUCAUUGCCUCAGUCUGUCGCGAAUCAAGACACGUUGUCAGGAAAUGGGGCAAAUUAAUUACGCAAGACUUUCGAUUAAAUAUAGGACCGAUAUGGAUCCAACCUCGUCUAGAUCGCUAUAAUCUCAAUUGCGAUAUUCGCUAUAUUUGGGACGAUGAGGAUUAUUUGGAAACAAUGUAUCACUUUAUUGACGAGGGACUCUAUCGAUUGGAUGUGAUGCCAGUUUCUCUAAGAGCCGAAUACUUUUACCCAUUCGCCCUAGAGCCACAAAAGGACCCUUUUGAGAAAUGUCCGAUUCUUGAGAUCCAUGGGGGGCCACUCAACGGGUACAGCCCCGACGACCCUUAUGAUGAAUUUGCAUCUUAUAUAGAGAGGCCGUAUACAGGAGUCUCCGAGUCUGCUACUUUAGCUUUCAUCUGUAUUCAUGCUACGAAAGAGCAGGCCGUGGGCUCUGGCCUAUUUGGAAUACUUCUCGAUGCCCCGGUGCAGCUCGUUGAUUUUGACGAUAAUGAGCGGCUAGAACAGUUCUACUCCCUCUUUCAAAAAGGCUGUUGCAAUGACAAGCGACCGGAAGUAUCCAAGCAAUUCGCAUCCAUCCUUGCCUCUGGAUUUCGUUAUCAUGUGGAAAGCUGGAGAGAAAAGGUCGACUGGCUUAUGAUGGCUAAUGCAUGGCGGCGUACGAAUAAACGCUUCUGGAACUCCAUUCCAAUCGAUGGAGAUCCGGCUUUGAUCUGGAAUCCGCCUCUACAGGAAGAUCAAACCCAUAUCUACAUGAAUAGCAUACAUGAUGUCCAAGGACACACAUUCGACAUUCGUCAUCCUUGGGUGAUACAAGCAAAGAAGGAGUUGCCAAGAGUGACACCAAAAAUCCAGUUCCUUCUUUGCACAGACGACUGUGAUGUAAACGGAAACGUCGGCAUGGUACGCGAUAUACCGCUACCGUUGAAUCGUCGAAGCGACUGGUUUGACAAUCUCUUGUAUGCGGAACUUGCAGAACUUUCGUGA